GGCGCGCGGCGGCGGGGCAGUUGAGCGUCUGGAAGGCGGGCCCGCGGCCGGGGGGAGCCGGUGAACGACAGCAGAGCCGCGGCGGCCACAGGCGUAGGCACGGCCCGGCACCAUGGACAACUUCCAGAAAGUGGAGAAGAUCGGGGAGGGCACCUACGGAGUGGUCUAUAAAGCAAUGAAUAAAGUGACGGGAGAGAUGGUGGCUCUGAAAAAAAUAAGGCUGGACGCACUGCUAGAUGUUAUCCACAGUGAGAAAUUGUAUUUGGUGUUUGAAUUUCUCAAUCAAGAUCUGAAGAAAUAUAUGGACUCUGCUCCGCCGACAGGACUCCCUUUGCAACUAGUCAAGAGUUAUCUAUUCCAGCUGCUUCAAGGUGUCGCAUUCUGUCACUCUCACAGAGUUCUUCAUCGAGAUCUGAAACCACAAAACUUGCUCAUUAAUGACGGUGGUGCAAUCAAGUUGGCAGAUUUUGGAUUGGCAAGGGCUUUUGGAGUUCCUGUGCGCACAUAUACUCAUGAGGUUACAAGAAAACCUUUGUUUCCUGGAGAUUCUGAGAUUGACCAGCUUUUCAGGAUUUUCCGCACACUUGGCACACCAAAUGAGUCUGUGUGGCCUGGGGUUACUCAACUACCUGAUUUCAAAGCAAACUUUCCGCGGUGGAGCAGACAGGAUUUCAACAAGAUACUACCCAGUCUGGACAUAGAUGGCAAAGAUCUGCUGAUGCAAAUGCUCCAAUAUGAUCCUAACAAGAGGAUUUCUGCAAAAGUUGCAAUAAGUCAUCGAUUUUUCCGUGACGUGACCAUUCAGCUGCCACAUUUACAGCUGUAG